GUUUACAUCUGCCCGAUUCUCAAGAUGGAUUUUCUUCAUAGGAAUGGAGUGCUCAUUAUUCAACAUUUGCAGAAGGACUACCGAGCUUAUUAUGAUUUUCUAAAUUUUAUGUCCAAUGUUGGAGACCCCAGGAAUAUCUUUUCUAUUUAUUUUCCACUUUGGUUUCAACUUAAUCAGACAGUUGGAACUAAGAUGAUAUGGGUAGCAGUCAUUGGGGAUUGGUUCAAUCUUAUAUUUAAAUGGGUAUUAUUUGGUCAUCGGCCUUACUGGUGGGUUCAAGAAACUCAGAUUUACCAAAAUCACUCAAGCUCAUGCCUUGAACAGUUCCCUACUACCUGCGAAACAGGUCCAGGAAGUCCAUCUGGCCAUGCAAUGGGCUCGUCGUGUGUCUGGUAUGUCAUGGUAACGGCCGCCCUGAGCCGCUCUGUCAGUCCGAUGGAUAAGUUCUCUGUCACUCGGCACAGACUGACCUGGUCAUUUCUUUGGAGUCUUUUUUGGUUGAUACAAAUCAGUGUCUGCAUCUCCAGAGUAUUCAUAGCAACACAUUUUCCUCAUCAAGUUAUUCUUGGAGUAAUUGGUGGUAUGCUGGUGGCAGAGGCCUUUGAACACACUCCAAGCCUCCACAUGGCCAGCUUGAGCACAUACCUGAAGACCAACCUCUUCCUCUUCCUGUUUGCACUUGGCUUCUACCUACUUCUCAGACUGCUCAACAUUGAUCUUCUAUGGUCUGUGCCCAUAGCCAAAAAAUGGUGUGCCAACCCGGACUGGAUCCAUAUUGACACCACACCUUUUGCUGGACUUGUGAGAAACCUUGGGGUCUUCUUUGGCUUGGGUUUUGCAAUCAACUCAGAGAUGUUCCUUUUGAGCUGCCGAGGGGAAAAUGGCUACAAGCUGAGCUUCCGGGUGCUCUGUUCCAUGACCUCAUUGGCCACACUGCAGCUGUACCACUUCAUCAAGAUCCCAACUCACACAGAGCAUUUAUUUUACAUGCUGUCUUUCUGUAAAAGUGCAUCCAUCCCAUUGACUGUGGUUGCUCUGAUUCCCUACUGUAUACAUAUGUUAAUGAAACCAAAUGAAAAGAAGUUUAAAUAGAGUUGUACAGAGAGUUAGUACUCUCUGGCCCCAGGAUUACCCUUCUCCAUCCACCCUUAAAACCACAGAGGAAGGAGAAACUGUGGAGCACAUCACAUCAGAGGCAGCAAAAUGGUGGCUCCAGCCCCAACCCACCCACACAUAGGUUUAGUUUGGCCUUCACAGUGUUGUUGCUGAUAUAUUUUAAAAUAGCAUCUAAAAACUAGAAUAUUUGACAUAAAAUAUCUGAAUGUUUCUAUUUUCUUGAAAAAUCUGACCAUAGGGCAACACAGGGCCUGCCUUCCCCCAGAGACAUUUGGUAGGAGCUAAGUACUGACUGCUUCAAUAGAAGGCAGACACUCUCCAUUUUGUCACAGUCUUCAUCCCCCAACAGAAUCCUCAGUGUCAGACAACUUUAUCAUCUUAAGGCUUAGCUGCUUCUGGUUUUUAUGGGUAUUAUAGUCAAAUCCAAUCUCCUCAAUUAUUAGAUAAGGAAAUGAAGGUCCAUUCAGUUCAAACAACUUGCCUGUACUCCUACCAUAUAAGAAUAGGAAUUAGAACCCGAGUCUUCUGAUAUACAUUUCCAUUGCACUCUGUCUUGUUUCUUCAUGUUUAAAAAUUAAAUAUCAGUGAGAAUAAAUGUUCCUACUUAGAUUCUAUGAUGAUUACCAUAUAUGACAGCUAUUUCCUCAGAAAUGUCAUCGAAAUUCUACAUGCAGUUUAACUUACAUCCUGCACAUAGGGUCCGGAUGGGGCCAGCAUGCUGUGUAUGUGUACAUAAGCAUAUCCAGUGAAGAUGAAUGAACCAGGCUCUCAUCAGGACAUGAACCUCCUAAAUCCUGCUCACUGCUUCAUAGUUGUGCUUGUCAAUAUUUCAAUAAAUGCUCCUGAAGAAUCUCUGCUAGAACAUUAUCCCCCUCCCAAAGCCUAUCUCUUCCCUAUGACAUCCUCGCUUUUUAUUUUUAGGAGCCAAUUUUUCAAAACUAUGAAAAUCAAGUGCCUUCUUUGAAUUCAUGCUCCAAUUCAGGAAUACUUUUAAAUACUUGCAUCUGUUAGCUGGAUUGAUCUCUAUGGAUACUGAACUCUGAUGGAAAUCUACAGCUUUACUUUAGAAAAUAAUUAAUUAUAGGCUAUUAAUCUUAUACUAACAAUUUCUCAGUAAGGUUUUUUUCCCUCAUUGGAUCUGGGCUUUAAUUUGGUAACUGUGUUGUUCCAAUCAAGCACAAGGAUUUUGAGUUUGAUUUUGCUAUUCAUAUUAAUGACCUGUGAUCCACCACAAUGUUUAAUGCAAUCUUUCUCAAGAAUAUCAUUACAUGAAUUAUUUUAGGUGAUGAUAUAUUAAAUAAGCCAUAAAUAUUUAUGAAAGCAUAACCAUUCAAGGGAAUGAUAUCUGACAGGAUAUUAGUUGUGCAGAAUAAAAUUUCUAAAAACCAAAGUAAUUAUUGAGCCUUUUUCUAUUUAUGGAUCAUGUGCU